AUGUGGGUGCAGCAGGACCAGGCGAUCCUCUCUGCCAUCCAGGGUUCCCUCGGCGACGGGGUCGCUGGCCUUUGUCUCUUCGCUGCCACCUCCAUGGACGCCUGGACGACCCUGGAGCACGCCUUUGCCCAUGUCUCUACCUCCCGCUCGAUGGCCCUUCGCAGCGAACUCGCCGACAUCAAGAAGCUGGACUCCUCCGCUACGACCUACUUCAACAAGAUGAAGGUGUUGGCGGACACGCUCACCUCUAUUGGUCGGCCGCUUAGCGACGAGGAGUUCGCCGGCUUCGUCAUCAAAGGCCUCGACGCCGACUACGACAAUCUCGCCGAGGCCGUCCACAACGCCAAGCCAGCGAUGCCUCCUCACGAGCUCUACUCAUGCCUCCCCUUCACCGAGCAACGCGUCGAGGCUCGUCGCUCCUCCGUCACCAUCACCGCCCAGCCGGCGGCCUUCUGGGCCUCUCGUGGCCAGCGCCCACCUGCCCCGUCACCAGGCAAGGCAGCCCCGCCCCCUGCAUCGACCCUGGGUGGGGGCCCUAACACUAGGGUGGUGUGCCAGCUAUGUGGUCGUGAACGCCAUGUCGCCUCCAAGUGUCACCGCCGCUUUUAG